ACACUCACACACACAUACUAGUAGCGGCCACAUUUUCACAGCCUGCUCUCCAGACUGACAGCAGCAAACGGAGUUGAGAGCCAGCACGACACAGAGCAAGGGAAGGAGAAUAGAGGACUGGAAACAAGGGAGGCAUCCACAGAGGAGAGGGAGGAAGAGGAGACUUACACAGGAUUUGCCUCUUUUUUUUUCUCUCCUUUAGCUCUCUGGGAGCUAGAAAGGGAAUCUGCCCUGUUCUCUUCUUGAUCUCAACUUGCUCUGCUAAAGGACCUGCACCCUGCUAUGGCAGCCCCGGUGGGACAUGGGAACAUUGUUUCCCCCUCAUCUUGCUCCUCUCAUCGCUGGACUACCCUCCUCUGGGUACUGUUGACCCUUUCAAGUCAAGUCUGGGGCUUCAACCUGGAUACUACCCACACUCUACAUAAGUUUGGAGACCGUGGCACCUUUUUUGGUUUCUCUCUAGCACUUCACCAACAGCUUACCCCAGAGUCUCAGAGCUGGAUCCUGGUGGGCGCGCCACAGGCAGCGGGGCAGGGGAGGUUGCAGGGCAGUCGACCAGGAGCUCUGUUCAGGUGUCCAAUCACACCAGAGGAGUACGACUGUGAGAGGGUGGAUAUUGAUGGAGAUGUGAGUCUGGACAGAGAGAGCAAAGACAACCAGUGGCUGGGAGUUACUGUCAAAAGUCAGGGAAUUGGAGGGAAGGUGGUGACCUGCGCUCACCUGUAUGAGCUCAGACAACGUGUAAGACAACCUUCAGAGACUCGUGACCCCAUUGGACGCUGUUACGUGUUGAGUGAGGACCUGACAGAGCGAGAUGACCUGGAUGGAGGGGAGUGGAAGUUCUGCGAGGGUCGACCACAGGGACACGAGCAGUUUGGUUUCUGUCAGCAGGGCCUGUCUGUCAGUUUCACCCCAGACAACAACUUCAUUCUGUUUGGCGCUCCAGGAACAUACAACUGGAAAGGUGAGAUGCGUGUCCAGCUCCUUAACCAGACUCUGCUUGACCUCGGUUUCUAUGACGACGGACCCUACGAGGUGGCAGAUCAGAAACAACUUAAUGCUCAGCUCAUCCCUGUGCCUUACCACAGUUACCUGGGCUUUUCCGUGGACUCGGCCAUGGGGAUAAUGAGCCUCAGAGAGCUGACCUUCGUGGCGGGUGCACCCCGGGCCAAUCACACAGGGGCGGUGUUGCUGCUGAGGAAGGAUAACGUGUACCGGCUGGUGCCACAGCACAUUUUCUGGGGGGAGGAGCUGGCCUCUUCAUUUGGGUACUCGGUUGCUACGACGGAUCUGAACAGUGACGGCUGGACAGAUCUGAUUGUUGGAGCUCCUAACUUUUUUGACCGUAAGGCAGAGAUUGGAGGAGCUGUUUAUGUGUACCUGAACCCCUCUGGCCACUGGGACGAUCAGGCUCGGCCGAUCCGUCUCAAUGGGACGUAUGACUCCAUGUUUGGGAUGAUGGUCAGCAGCAUUGGAGAUCUGGACCAGGAUGGAUAUGGAGAUAUCGCUGUGGGAGCACCGUUUGAUGGAGAUGGCAAAGUUUUCAUCUACAGAGGCUCAGGUGCUGGAAUAGAGACAAAACCUGCUCAGGUGCUGGACGGUCGUGACUUUGAUGUGAAACGUUUUGGAUACUCCAUCUCAGGUGGUCUGGAUAUUGACAAUAACCAAUAUCCAGACAUUGCAGUGGGCUCUCUUAAUGAUUCAGUGGUUCUCUUCAGGUCUCGUCCAGUCAUUCACGUGAUCAGAGACAUAUCUUUUGACCCUAAAUACAUUGAUCUGGAGCAGCACAACUGCAAGGGCAGAAAUGGAGUCUGCGUGGAGGUCAAGGCCUGCUUCACCUUCACCGCCCACCCAGAACACUACUCACCACACAUUACCCUGGUGGUGCACUUUGAAGCUGACACCGAGCGCAGGAAGCUGGGCCUCCCGCACCGCGUUAACUUCCUGGGACGCAGUUCACUAGAUCCAGAGUAUACUCAGACUGAAGAAGUGGCGCUACAGCGUCACCCUGUGUGCACCACCGCUGUCUUCCAACUCCACGAGAAUAUCCGUGACAAACUACGCCCCAUCUCACUGGCAAUAACCCAUACUAUCAAGCCUGUGCCACCACGCAGACACUCAGGUGUCAAGAGGCUGGAGAAGCUGGCGCCUAUACUGAGUGUUUCUCCCUCUAACACACUGCACUCUGAGGUGAACUUCCUGCGAGAAGGAUGUGGCACAGACAAAAUCUGCCAGAGCAACCUGAAGCUGAGCUACCAGUUUGGAACACGACCCCUGAACUCCGACCUCUUCACCCCUCUGCCAAAGGAUGAAGAUGACGUGCAGGUGUUCUCCCUGUCAGACCAGCGGCUGGUGGUGCUGGAAAUCACCGUCACUAACAUGCCCUCUGACCCUCUUGACCCUGAAGACGAUGGAGAUGACGCUCAUGCUGCUCAGCUGCUGAUCUCCCUUCCAAACACACUGUCGUAUGCAGGCUCCAGGGUCCCAGCACAGAUGAGAUGCCAAGCGAACCAGAAUGGCUCCCAAGUUGAAUGUGACCUGGGAAACCCUGUAAAGCGAGAUGCGAAGCUGAAAUUCUCCAUCAACUUGAGCACAUCAAACAUCACCAUUGAGACCACUGAGCUGACAGCAGAUCUCUUAUUGACAACUAUCAGUGAGCAGCCUGACCUGGUCCCAGUCACAGCAUUUGCUAAAGUUGUGAUAGAGCUCCCUCUGUCUGUCAGUGGGCUUGCUCGUCCUCACCAGCUGUUCUUCAGCGGGGCAGUGAGGGGAGAGAGUGCCAUGACUAGUCUGGAGGACGUCGGCAGCCCUGUGGAUUUUGAGUUUGUGGUGGCCAAUCCCGGACAAGCUCUGCAGACGCUUGGCUCGGCCUUCCUAAACAUCAUGUGGCCAUACGAGUUGGCCAAUGAGAAAUGGCUCCUGUAUCCCGCGAGCCUGAAGUUUGAGGGUCACCCAAACACACACUGCACCCCCACAGGGGCCCUGAAUCCUCUAAAGCUACAGAGCUCCUCACCUGCAGAGCUGCCACAGUCUGUCAAUCCUAAAGCUGGGAGAGCACGCCGCUCCCACCCAGAGGAUGAAGGUCAAGUGAUGGCAAAAGGCAAUGUAGGACGAACCACCCCGGCUGUGGCCGCUUCAGAGCGACGCAAGUCACUCAAACUGGAUUGUCUCUUGGGGUCGGCACGCUGUGUCCUGUUCCAGUGUCCCCUCCAUAGCUUCUCUGGUCAGGCUGUCCUCAAGAUCCAUGCCAGACUGUGGAACAGCAGCUUCAUAGAGGAGUUUCCAGCAGUCAGUGCUCUGGAGCUGCUGGUCAGAGCCAACAUCACUGUCAAGUCGAGCAUCAAGCACCUGGUCCUCAAGGAUGCUGCUGCACAGGUUCCAGUGAUGAUCUACCCUGAACCUGGUCUGGCUGACCAGUACUGGAUCCCCUGGUGGAUCAUCCUCAUAGCCAUAUUGGCAGGCAUCCUGCUUCUGACUCUGCUGGUCUGCAUACUGUGGAAGUGUGGCUUCUUCCAACGGGCCCACUACAAAGACAAACUGCCUCAGUACCACGCGGUGAAGAUUCCUCGCGAGGACCGGCCACAGUUCCAGACUGAGAAGUCAGGAGUUGUCCAUAAAAAGGAAUGGGCCACGCACUGGAGCGACGGGACCUCGUAACUCGCUUUGAAGCACUGACUGACUGAAUUCAUUCAAAUCACCAUGUGUGGCACUCAUUCUGUCUUUUGCAUUGGAACUAACGGACUAAAAAAAAAGUGCACAUGGACUGAGAUCAUAAAAUCUUGUGCACACUGUACUGCGUCAGUACUUGCAUAUUGGUGGCCUGUUACACUGUUGACUGGAUCUAUAUUCUCCCAUACUGUAGCCCACUGAUCGCUGGCCUUGGAUAGUCUAUUUAUACCGUGCAUCUUUAACAGCGUUUUAUAGUAAAUACUGAAGAACCAGUCUAGCUGCUCAAUAUGUUUCAUAGCCUGCACAGGGAGCACUGAUGCUCACUGCCGGUUUUGACUGGCACAACGUUGGAGGACAGAAAAUCACAACUCAUAGACAUGCAUGAAUGCACAAACAUACAACAUAUUAAUUAUAUUAGAUGCGUACAGACACAUUGGACAUUGUUGAUGAAGAAGCCACUGCCCACGACAAAGACUACUUUUUUGCCUUAACUACUGUGAGACUGACGACUGACAUGGGCAAUGAAAAAAAAAAAAGAAUUUUUUUUUAUAUAAAUGGGAUGUUUUGGGAUUUUCAUGUAGUUAGCACUGGCAAACAAUGAGAAAAUGUCAGUAUGUAAGAUAUCCGUAAAGUUGUUACAGAACACUGAAUGUGUUGUUUUCUUGGCCUGUUGAGUGCUCUGGGCUGGCUGAAAAAGCCAAUAAAUAAGUUCACCUGAUGUUCUUUCUGUAUCUUCAAGGAAUAUAUUUUGUGUUCAAGGAAAAGAAAACCCUCUAAAUGAGGAGCCUUUUCAGUUUGUAUCUUUUGCAUUUUUUUUGUUAAUCUGCCAAUCAGAUGUACUGUACAUCAAUAGUCGAUUGCCUGAGUGAACUUGAAUAAGAACAAGAGAACCACAGUACAGCCUAUAAUAGCAAUGACUGUAGCACUGUUGUCGCAUGGAAACCAAAUGUGUCAGAAGAGUGACGCAAUAUUUAAAAUGUGGUCAAUGUUAGCAUUUAAAUUUCUGAACCAAACACUCACUUUUGAAUGGAUGUCCUGGCUGAUAAGGGAACCAAUUUUCCCAGGGUAUACAAUUAUUAUGUGUGAAAUCAAACUUUAUUUCCAAAUUGAACAAAUUGACACAUUUAAAAUCAUGAGGUUUUCAAGUGACACCAUUAUUAUUAUUAUUUUUGUUUUUUUUACUGAGAUGUAAAAAUGUUUCACCAGGAGACAUCAUGACCUUUGUACCGACAUUGUUGUUUUCAAAUUGCAAAGCUGAAGUAUAUUCAUCUGCUUGUAGCACUGUUCCUGGUAAUAUACUCAAGUCAUAUCAGUCAGGACAAGAUUGUACAUUCAUUUCAGUACUGACAUUUCUAAUUGCAUACAAGUGCCUUAUGGUAAAUGUGGCAGAUUGUGAGCUACUGGUUAAGAACACAAGGCUACUGCAAAUUAGAUCAUGCUGCCCUGAAGCAUCUGUCGGGACACCUGGACAAAUAAACAUCCCUCCAUCGCUUACACAACAUGAAGAGAAGAUGAUUUCUAGAGGAGCAGAAUUCAUCAGAACCAGACAAACUUUUUUUGGAUCUAAUCUGGGUCAAUGAAGUGGCUAUAAAGCAUGAAGAGUCAGCUUGUUUUUAAGGUAUUGCUGGACAAUCUUGUAUUAGCUGCAUGAAGCUCUUGUUGCUGUUUUGACGUUCCCCAAUUUUUAAAUUUUUUUUUGUCAUUGUCAUGACUCAGCGUUUUAUUUAU